CUGACAAGUUACCAGGGAUUUUUCCAUCUAUUCCAGCCCAGGCCCUGCCUCUCUCCAGGGAGUUGGUAGGAUCCUGGGCAAUGAAGUGACUGAAGACCCAGGAUCCUGCUUCCCGUGGUAGGCCGGUGGGAGGUAGGGGAGGUGAGCUACCGGCCACAGUUCCAUCUUCCACCCCGGGGAUCGGAAGAUCCAGCAGGAGUCGUGGGGUAGCGGCCCCUGCAGCCCCCGGAGGUGAAGCCGUGUCCAUCGCCGGCAGUUCCAGGAGGGCGGACAGUAGCCCUCCAAGAGGUACAUCUGGUUCCAGGACUCGCUUACCCCCAUCCUCCAGAUGUUUCUACGGCCCGAACCCGAAUUGGGUUGGCUCCCCACCCAUGUGCAAGUCACUAUCCUGCAAGCCCGAGGGCUGCGUGCUAAGGGGAAGCAUGGCACCAGUGAUGCCUACACCUUGAUCCAGGUUGGACGUGAGAAGUACAGCACCUCAGUGGUAGAGAAGACCACAGGAUCUCCAGAAUGGAAGGAGGAAUGUUCCUUCGAGCUUUCCCCCGGAGCCAUGGAAAGAGGGGAGAACUGCGAGCUUCAGCUUAUCGUCAUGCAUCGAGCCCUCAUUGGUAUGGACCAGUUCCUGGGGAAGGUCAGCCUUCCUCUACAGGAGGUGUACCAGGAGGGCCGCUCGCAGAGGAACCAGUGGUACAAGCUCCGUUCAAAGCCCGGAAAAAAAGAAAAGGAACGUGGAGAGAUCCAGGUGUCCAUUCAGUUCACCAGGAACAAUCUGACCGCCAGCAUGUUUGACCUUUCCAUCAAAGACAAACCCAAGACUCCUUUUGGGAAACUGAAGGACAAGUUGAAAGUCAAGAAACUUUCCCAAAUGGAAUCCUCUUCAGCCAUCGUGCCAAGCAGCAUCGGCCGGUUGGACAGUGACGAGGAGGAUGAGAAGAAGCCAAAGUCCAAGGCAGCUGCCUUCUUUAAAGGACGGCUAAGGAAAAGCUCUCUAACAAGGUCCAAUACUUCUCUGGGGUCAGAUAGCACCAUCUCCUCAACAAGUGGCACGAUUCCCACCAGUGCUGGAAUCUCUAUAGUUCUUCCAGAUAUCGUCAAAAAACCUGCUUCCAGAAACGGCAGCCUUUCCAACGAACCAACUGUUAAAGAUCAUGAAGCUUCACCCAGGAUGAAGCACAAGAGAGCAUUCAGUGACGAAGUGAGCCAAUUAAAGCUGUUCCCAGAACCAAAGUCUGUGCAGAACCUAAAGCCAAAGGGUAGCCCCAUCUCCAAGUCUUCUGUAUGCAUCAACGGAAGCCAUGUCUACACAGAAGUGCCUUCUCCAAAGCCAGUCCAUUCUCUAGAGAAAUCUUCCCCUGCAUCCAUGUCAUUUCAGAAUAUAGCGAAGAAAGCAGAGGAGGUGACAGAAGUUAUCAGAGGACCAAGCCAUAGCUCAGAGAAACUGGAGCAUAAACAAACAGGUCCUACUGCAGAGGGGCAAAAUGUCUCCUCAAAACCGUUGCCUCAACCAAAGCCAACGGAUGAGCCAUUACGAGUGGAGACCAAACCAAUUCAAAUUACGACCCCUAUGGUGUUUUCCGAGGAUGUGUCAAAGAAUAAAAGUCAAGAAACAAAGGCUAAAGAAGAGAAAACCAAGAUCGGUCUUCAGCCCGGAAUUGGGAAGAACGAUCCUGGUAACAAGAGUCUCGCUGAACCAAAUCCUUAUGUGUCCUCAAGCUCUGAGGAAAGAGGCAAGGUCGGCUCCUGGUUUGGAUCAAAAGAUGCCAAGGAGACUCAACAGAAACCAAGUUUUCCCUCUGGGUCUAUUGCUACCUCAGAAGCUGCUGAAUGGGGCUCUUCUCUUGUGGAGGAACACAGUCCAUUGACCACCUCCUGCUCUACAGAAGAUAUGAAUAUAUACUCAUACCAAGUAAAAAGUGGCAACUUCGAAGUGGACGUUGAUCACCCUGAAUUGCGUCUCACCCAAAGCUCUUCAUCAGAACCGCCAAUAUUCACAGGAUGGGAAGAACAAUUUGAUGCUCUUGCUUCAAGUCGAUUGCAGCCUUCAUCUAGCAGUUGCCAACAGUCCCCAGAACCUGAAGACCCUAACAUCACCAUCACAAGUGCCUCCGAGAACUAUUCAUUGUCUUCUUUUGGCAAACUGGAAACCAUGACUGGCAUGUUAACACCCCCCAAUGGUAAUGAAUGGCAUAAACUGAAGUCUACUAACUCUAAUUUUGAGACAUGUUGGCGAGACAUAUUGAAAGAUGAUGCAAAAAAAGAUAGUGAACUCGAACCAUCUCCCCUUUUAACCAAUUUCUCUCCAACAAAUAUUCCAUUUACCAGGUCGAUAGGACUUAAAGAAUAUGAUAAUUUGCCUACAGAAACAUGUAAAGAUCAGAAUACAUUUAACCAUUCUUGUCAGCAUGUAGAUACUUCACUACCUGCCUCUUCCAAGAACAGGGUAGCCUCUGUCCAACCUCUUCUACAGAUGGGGCAGAAUAUAGUUGGUGUGGAAGAGAUGGCAAGGCAAGAAUCUCCGAUCCUAACAAAGAACACCGUUGCCAUGGCUCUCAUAGGUGAACAUGUUCUAGAAGUGGCAGAAAGUGGUAUUGACGUAUAUAGCACGCAGGUGUCCAAAGAGGCAGUUGAACAAUUCUCAACCGUACACAAUCCCGAAAGGAUAAGGGAUGAGCCAGAAGUCAUGGUUACUGAAAAGGUUGAGGGGAUAAUUAAAGAACAGGCCAUUAGUGUCAAUGUAGGGUCUGUAGCACCACUCAAGCCCCCUCGGCUCAUGCUGUCAUCUUCUGUUGAACAGAUAGAGACUGAAGAUUAUAAUUACCAACAAACAAGCCAUCAGGACACCACUGGAAAACAAACGGAGAACCCAGAGGAACAUAUGCAAGAGCAAAACAUGGGGGUUAGCAAACAAAUGGUCUCUCCAGUGGCCUGUUGUCCUGUAAUUGAGAUAAGGAGCCCAGUGUUAGGAGCUUUUACUGAAGACACUGAAUCCACCACUGAGGGCCUUUUGACUAAUCUAAGGGAAGAAAAUAAUGAUUUGGGUGCUCUUAAUGGGGAACACCUGUUAGAUGUAAAUGAAAUAACGCCAACAGAGCAGUUCAGGACUUGCCCAUCGAGUGUCUCACUAGGCACAGACCUUUCAAGUGUUCAUGAAGGCUCUGAUAAAUUGGAGUUUAUUAACCAUAGUUCAUCCAAGCCAUUAAACUUAACAUUGGGGGACACCAAACAGAAUGACAAUGACUUCAACUUCCAAAAACCGAUGCCAUCGUCAAAAAUACAAAAAGGAUGUAGGUCUGAAUUGUCUAGUCUCUCUAAAAAGGGUGACCAGUCUGACUUUGUGUUUUGGUCUGCCCUAGAGGAACAGAUACCUUCACGUAUGAUAGAACUGGGCACCAAACAGAAUGUGCCAACGAGUCAGGGUGAUAUUGCCCUUUCAGAUGGCAGAAAUCUAAGCAAUAUGAAUACUGGAGAAAGAACUGAGCCAGAACAGAAUAAUAACGAAGAUGUACUAGUCCUAAUGGGGGUAGAAUCUAAUAGUCUACCACCAAUUGAGUUACAAGAUGCUAGGCUUGAGUAUGAAGCUAAAGCUUUAAGAGAUGAUAGCCAACAUGGUUAUUCUUUGAGUCAACACUCUUCUUGGUCAGCAGAUAUCAUUGUAGACUUUAAGAAUGAGGACUUCUGGAGAACAAAUUCUGACCAGUUAGACCAAAAUCAUGUAGAAAAUUUGCCAUCACCAGGAAAUCCCUUUACCCCAGUUGACAGAACACCUUUAAGUUACAAAAACCCAUUUACUAUUGAACGCCCUCAAAGUAGUCAGAGUUCCGAGUCUUCACUACAAGAAGAUACAAGCUUCAAAGACCUUCAUGCUCAUGCAGCUCUUAGAAAUUUUCCACCUGCUGUUCCCCCAUCUAAUAGGAAAGCUCCUUACCUGCAUGGCAGUCCACCUCUGGCCUUCUCCACUCCUUCCCUAGCAAUAGCCCCAAACCCUAAGCCAUCAAACUUCCCCUCUCCAAUCAUGCUUCUGACAACCUCUGGUGCCACUACAACAACCAAUACCCACACAGCAACUUUGUCGGGCUUGCUCUCUCCUGUAGCCGGUGGUGUGACAACAGCUGCCCCUCCGAUUCUGCCUCUGGAGACACAGAAAGCUGACAAUCCAUUUAUGCCACUAAAGACCAGUCCCCACCCGGUGAAACCAAUCAGCGCCACUCACUCCGAAUCAACGGCAGAAAAGAAGACGCAGCGACCAACUAUCACCACCGCGCUGAGCAGCGGGCUGGAGAUGUUAAAGUCUGUGACCGGCGGACAGAACGCCACACCUAAGAAACAAGAGCAGGAGCGUCUGAAGGUGCACACUCGCCACAUACAUCAUAUCAUGGAGGAUCUUUGUCUACCAGACCAAGCGGCCAAGUACUACCACCUUACCCACGAUGAGCUGAUCCAAAUGCUGCUCCAACGUGAGUCUGAGUUGUCGAAAAAGGACCACCAUGUACAAGAGUUAGAAGACUACAUUGAUAAGCUGCUGGUGCGAAUAAUGGACCAGGCACCUGCUCUGCUCCAAGCCCCGCUGGAAACGAAAAAGUAGACUCCAUCCGUGUUCAAUGUUGGGACAAUCUGGGACAUGUUUCCUUGCUCUUGGUGUAAAUCUUGGGUAUAGAGAGGACAAAUAGCUCUGUAGUCUUGACAUGAACCCUUUUCCCAACGUACGUCUUAACUUUUUCUGAUGCUGGGCAUCUUAGAAUAUGACAAAAGAACCUUCCAGGAAUGACUUGCCAUUGAUAUCUUAAUUUUAGCAGCUAAUGCACGUUGGGUGCAGUGAUUGUAGCAGCUCCUUAUUCUCCACAGGCCAAAGACAGUGGGAACCGUUCUGCGUCCACAAAGGUGUGAAGGCGACGUCGUAAACACUCCAUAUCUCGGUAUACACUCAUUGCUUCACUGCUAUCAUCGUUGCAAGAUCAUCCAUUGUGUUUGCAGUAACUUUCUCAAGUGUGACGUAGUUGUCUGGGAUUCAGUCCAGGCAGUUGACAGUACAACAAGUAUGAAGAGUGUCAACACUUCUCACAGUUUUCUCUGUUACUCGGGUAAAUAUUCUGUGCCGUAGUAAAUAGCAGAGUUGUCAUUCAAAGGGGUUGAAAACAAUACAAGAAAUGUUACAGCAGCAGGCAGCCAUCUUGGAGGACAAUGCAGGUUCAUCUACCAUAGUUCAUGGGCUCCAAAAACUAGGUAUUUGGAGGUUUUCCUAAGAAAUGUAUUACAGCAUCUUCAGUGCACGAGUGACUGUGGCUUCAUUGAUAGAUCUUAUUGGCAAUGGAGGAGAGGAGCUUUCGCCAAAUCCAUUAUGUACCCUGUGGGAUCUACUGUAGCUCCACCUAUGGACCUCAGUUGACAUUCACAGUACACACAAUGUUGGGUUAUUUUGCAGAUAUAUCUCAUAAUCAUCCAUUAUACCAUGAUAUUCUACUCCCUUCCAGAGCUGCAUUCAGUCUUCUACUGGUGCCCUGUUGACUCUCGGGCUAUAGGACCUUACAGCAUCUCCCCACUGCCACCAGCUGGUCCAGUGUCUGUACUAUGCAUGCUUUGCUGUGGUGCUUUCUGGGAGAUGUAGUUAUUAUAUAAAUGUAAAUGAUCUGAUAUAGCAAAAAAAAUUCAACCAGCUGCCAGCAGAAUUGUAAAUGCAGCUCUGGAGGUGAUUUGGAGCAGAAGCUACAAGGCAACUCAAGAUCCAUAUGAAAUCCUGAGCUAUGCUCAAAAGUUUUAUGAACGUGUCCAGAAAUUGGGGACUGAAUUCGUUCUUGAGGACAUUGGGGAUUCGGAAUAAGAAGUUCCUUGAGUGUUUUAGUUGCACAAAGCAAACACUAUUUACAAAGUCACUGUAGUUUCUUCUAACGAUGUAGUGUAUAUUGGGCGGUAUACGAAUAUCUCUUGCCUUCUUUUUAUACCUUUUUGUAUAAAGGAGACUGUCAUUUCUCCUGAGUUCUUCUUAUUUUAAGGUUUGUUUCUUUCCUUUAGGCUGUAGAUAUCUAAUAUGUAAGAUGUUUACAGAUGUUUAAAAGUGUCUGCUUAACAAUAAAUUCAAGUUUUUGUUCCCCAGUUAGGUCCUUGGCUAUGUUAUGCAAUUGUAUGUUUGAGCCCAUAUGGGUAAAUUCAUAUAGGCCACUAUAAAAUUGUAAGCCAUAGUCUAUUUUUUGAAGCCUCUUGCAAAAUCGAGUUAUUGACUAUGGGCCAAAAAGUCCCUUCUGUUUGGGAUGAUGGUGGUGGAUCCACUAGGAAGUCCCCAUGUGGAGUGUCUUCAGUUUUUCAAUGGAGUGUAUUUCUUUUCGACAGUGGUUCUGUCUUGAAGCCCACUUCCACUCGGCCCAGCCCACAUGUUCUCCAUUACACUACUUUGGUUUCUCUUGGAUAUUCAACAGCAAACGCCAUCGUUGUAUAGAAACUGUUGUCUUUCACUAUAGAUACUGUUUAGAUUAAGGGCUCAUACACACAACCGUUUGCCCUCAGACAUACGGUCCAUGAGCGGGGCAUAUGUCCCGGAGCGGCAUACAUCGUGCGCACAGCAUCGUAGUAACCUAUGAUGCUGUGCGCAUGAUGUAUGCUACUCCGGGACAUAUGUCCCACUCACGGACCGUAUGUCUCGGAGGGCAUAUGGCCGUGUGCAUGAGCCCUAACUCUGUGACUGGAGACCUCUUGCAGUCUUUUUUUUUUUUUUUGGACUGUCUUUCAGAAAUUGAUACUAACUCUGAUACAAUAGGAUAACGAGAACUUCAGUUGGUUGAUGUGAGGCUUUGGUGAAAUGGUUGAAGGAUUCGCGUAGUGUCUUCUUCAUAGAUGGUCCUUAUUUAUGGUGAUCGAAAACACCAGUGCAUUCGUACGAAAAGGAUGAUCGGUGUGCACCACUGUGGGUGUUCUUGCUAUCCAUCCAUGAUUAGAAGAAAUCCACAGGGUUUCUUAGAUCUCUAAGUAGUCACGAACAUGAUAAAGUUGGAUUUCAUUUUCAGUCUGUUUUGAGAUCAGAGGACAGGAAGACUUGGCAGUAUGUUGACAGUUUGUAUUCCUUGAGGAUUGUUUAUGAUCACUUGAAGAGUGAAUCUUUUUAUAUAUUUAUUUUCUUCGCUAAAACCUAAUGAAUUGAUGAUCUGAACAAAAAUACUAGCUCCAGCAUGGCUCAUGUCCCAACAAAGUGGUAGCCUGGGAUUUUAGGAAGCUUGAUUUAAAGGAAUGGCCUAACAUAACUCACCCUUUAAAUCCCCCCUUACUCACCUCUGCUUCAGUGCAUAUCUACUCUGGUGGUUUCUACUGGUCCUGCAGCGAUGACAUCAUGCACAUCAUUCACGUAGCCACUUAGUAGUGAUGAUCGGCUUGUGACCUAUUUCUUGCUUUUUUCUUUAUAAUCCUGGACAACUCCUUUUUAAGAAUCUUGUCUGUAUAAAAGUAUACUUAGUUGCAUUUUGCACUACCUACUUUCUAGAAGUUGUAGAAGCUCUUGUAGAUUGACAUUUUGGGGUAUCUGAUAUGGUUCCAGUUCUUAACCAUUUUUCGACUCUAUAUACAAACCUAGUCGUGGAAACUGAUCAGUGCCGCAUAGGCUUCUCUGUACCACAUGAUCAAUUUUUAGUCGACUUCUCCUACUUCAUGGUAACUUCUUGUAGAAAGUAUUUUAAUGUUAUAACCAUUGACAUUGAAUCAAGACCUCAUAAUGUAGUAGAUCAAAGAAAGAAGCUGUUUCCAAGUAGCUCAUUUAUUUGACAGAACUAAAUAGUAUUUUUGUCCAUAAAGCGGUCACGUCUGUUCUGAAUGUAGCUUUGUGUUCUCAUGCUAUUGUAAGAUUUUUUGCAAAAUUGAUUUGUAAUGAAACCCAAGUUUAACAAGAUAAGCUAAGGGCAGAAGAAAACUGCAGAGAAGCUCAUUAAAGAAGUUCUCCCAAAAAUCUGAUCAGCACCCCAGACUGUUGCAAGAACUGGCCCAGUGUAACUUUUGACAACUUCUUUACCUCUACCUAACAACUAAAGCUUUUUUAUAGGGUUGUCAGGCCAUGUCUCCAUAGCAACCAUUCUGACUAGUCAAGUCUUCUGCUCAAAGCCAAAUUAGCACUGGGAUGUGGGCACAUGGAAGCUUGGUAGCGGUACAACUCAUCCCAAGCUUUUCUCCAUUUCAUAAAUCUUGGGGGUAGAACCUAUUUAAGACUUAGAUGUGUAUUGGCCAAACCUGGCUGACCAUCUAAUGUGUAUGGAGACUCCCCCUCCCCAGUGGCUGACUUCGGGUAAGAUGAGGAUCGGGCAUGUUUGUAUUCAGUUUCCCAGUUCCUUUGUUGGCAUUGGUGACCCUCUCCCCAUUCAGAACAGAUGCAUACAUAUGUAUGGGAGGAUACGGUUAGAAUGAGUGUUAGGCCAUCAGCUAGCAUGCUAGUAAGCCAUUACCAUACUACUCUAGAAGAGAUCGGUCAUGUUGAAUAUACAACUACCAGAUCCAUCUCAUCUGUCUGCCAGCAGAGGAGUGGAGAGGCCUCCAUAGACAUUAGAUGCUCUGCAGGUUCCACCAAAAUUUGUGGAUUUGGCCAUCGUUAAUCUGAUGUAAACAGCCAGACGUAGGUAUAAGGUACAAGACGAGAUUGAGACCAUAUAGUGGUCAUCCACUAGUCAGCGUGGAGAUCUGCAGAACAUCCUCAUUUUCAGCAUUUUACUCCUUGCGAUGCAAUGUUGGGAGUCAUCUGAGAGGUCAUGAAUUGAAAACUGCAAAAGCCCAAUUUCUGCCAGUAUUUGAACUUACACGAGUCGUCAAUGAUUCCUUAUGUGUGGAUUCUGUUUUUAGGGGGGAGGGGGGGUCGAGUAUUGGGUAUGUCAUGUUCUCGAGUCCAGGUAUAUAUAUUAAUUUUGCUCUACCAAAUAUGUAGAUCUAUAUUUUAUAAGUGUUGCUUAUGUUUACGAAUGUUCAUGAACUGUUCCUAUGUUUUUAAGCACUUACAAAUAAAAGUCAACUGAACGUC